AUCACAAUGCACCGAAAUUCGUAAUGAAAACGAAGUUCUCGAUAGAAAAUUUUCUCCGUAUUAAGAUCGAACACUGAUCGUCCUUUAUUCUUGAGUCGAAAUGGAGAAGCAGCAAUGUGAGUCACCCCCGCACGGAGGAAACGUGCACUCUGCUACUGCGUCUCCACUGAUUGACCCAGCAGGUCUGACAGGCUUCUUUCCGCCAGGACUUGCCGCCGGCUACGAUCCAUUUGCCGAAGUUCACCAAAAUCGGAAUCAGCCAGUGCCUCAACGUCAGGCCCCGCAACAACCCCCGAUCUACGACAUUAUGGGUAGCCCACCAUCUAAUAACCUUAGGCCCAAGUCAACGAACAGUUCCAGAAGAAGCUCUAAGGACAAAACUAAGAAAGAUGUGAAGAAGGGAAGCACACUACAUGCAAAAACGUGAUCUCAGACUGCUUUGUCGCGCAGCUGAAUAGAUAUAUUUGUGAGAUGGUCACUAUGACAAGAGUGAUUUUGGACGCGCAUCUAAGUUCUUUCGACAAAGGAAUAUUGAUGAAAAGGAAAUCAAAAUUUGCCUAUUCAAACUUGUCAAGUAAAUAAAAAAAAAAGCGGGUUCAAUUGA